GAGGCGGCAGAGAGAUAGAGCUUGCUGGUGAUUGAGGCUGCUUGUGUCUGACUUAGUCAUGUCUGCCAGGAGGCAUAUCGGGGACGCAGAGAUUUUAAAGAAAAGAAUUCCUCAGAAUCCAAAGUACCAGCAUGUCAAGUCAAGGCUUGAUACAGGUAGCAGCAUGACCAAGUAUAUGGAACGAAUUGAAGAAAUGAAGAGAAAUUACAGAUAUAAAAAGGAUGAACUUUUCAAGAGGAUCAAAGUUACUACAUUCGCCCAACUGGUUGUUCAAGUGGCAUCUGUGUCAGAAGAGAGCGAUGCUGAAAUUACCAGUGAGGAGCUGCAGAGGCUGGAAGAUAACAGUUCAGUCAUGUCAGAGGCAGAUACGGAGCUUCCAACAGACCGGACCAAUGGCAAACACAGCCCUGGCAGUGUUCCUUUAAGCUCAGUCGAGCUGAUUGAUAAUAAGGGAGAUGGGGAUUUCUUGAGCUCUGCGCGGUCUACUCUUCAGAGCGUUAUUAGUGGAGUAGGGGAACUGGACCGGGAUAAUGAUCCAAAGAAACAAUCGAAAAAGGGACCCUCUUCUAGCUCGGGGUCUCUUGACAAACCAUACCCAGAUUGCCCAUACCUUCUUCUGGAUGCACGUGACAGAGAGUGUUAUGAUCAGUGCCAUGUUGUUGGGGCACAUCACUAUCCCAUCGCCAUGCUAUCAAGAACAAUGAAUCCCUUCACUCCAGAAAUCUUGAAUUAUAAGAAUGCACAAGGCAAAAUCAUUAUUAUUUAUGAUGAAGAUGAGAGGAUAGCCACUCUAGCAGCAACAACCAUGUGUGAAAGAGGAUUUGAGAAUCUCUUUAUGCUUUCCGGAGGUCUGAAAGUCAUAGCGCAAAGGUUUCCUGAUGGUCUUACAACUGGCACAUUCCCAGCCACCUGCUUAACUCAGCCAGUCCAGCCUAAGUCUGCACGCAGACAUGCCACACCAAGGGAACCUGUCUUACCAGCUGAAAACAAAUGGAGAUUUUCCAGCCAAGAUUUGGAAAAAAUAGAGCAACAUCUUGAGAAAAUGCUCAUGCCAGCAAACACUGCCAGUCGUCUCAGCCGAUUAUCUACUGGAAGAUCAGAGUCAAAGAGUGCUUACUCAAGAAACAGCCACAUUCCAUCUUCUGCCAGCUCUGUCAGCUCUCAAUCAGUCCGUAGCAUCAGCCCACACAGCAAACCCUGGAAAUGAUUCAUGUACAGUCUCGCCAAUAAACAGUUAUUCCCAUUCACUCCCUACUUGUCUAGUAGAGCAUUUCUUAUUCACGCUACAAGCAGUAUUGCUAGCUAGACAGGGGUUCUUUUGCAAGAAGAUGAAAGAAAAAGAAUGUUGUUUACAGGUAAUUUACAAUUACUGUAUAGAAGUUUCAAUUUGGGGGGGUAUAUGUAUUGGUUUUUGUUCUUUGUGUUACAUAGAGCAGUUUCCUAAGAGAUUACUCUUUGGUGACUCCCUCAAUCUUUACCUCUUGCCUUGACUGUACAUGACAUUUGGAUAUUGUGCAGAUUACUUUAAAUAGUGUCAU